AUGGAUUUCUACAAGAAAGCGUCUGAUGCGCUAGAGAAAGUAUUGACUAAGAAGACGUCUGUGAAGUCAUUUGCCCAUUCUAAGCGUUUAUUAGCAUUGAUAUUAGAGACGCUGAAAUAUCAGGAUGUGAUAAAGCAAUUGAUUGAUAUAACAGAUUUAAUGAAUAAAGAGAAGAAAGCUAUAAAGUUUGCCAAGCCGCAGGGUAACCCUAUAUACCUACUUAUGGUACUCCUACACGAUUUGUUGUUUUCGAGAAGACAGGCUAUAGAGGCUGGACAAGGACCUAUAAAGGAUGCAAUCUUAAGGCAUAAAACUAGACUAAGAGGUGAACUCACAAAGAUUAGAGUAAAGGCUGGCGUCAGUUCGAACUUAGAAUUAGCUAGAAAGGCUGAAUCAGGUGCAGAAAUGAUCCCACGCUACGUCCGUAUAAAUACCAAUAGGAUUAAGUUUGAUGAUGCCAUCAAAAAGAUCUCAGAUAACUUCAAAUUGGAGAGCUAUACAGGUUCUGAUAUGCCAAUACCAAGCAAUAAAUACAAAGUUAUAGAACAUAUACCGGGAUUGAUAGCAGUCAAUACAUCAAUAUCGCAACAAUUGACUUCUGAUAAGAUGUAUACAAAUGGAGAAAUAAUACUUCAAGAUUUAGCAAGUUGUAUGCCCCCAAUUGUUCUACUCGACGAGCUCCAGAAGGGGAAUAACAAAGGGAAGAGGAAGGCAGACAACGACAAUCACGUGGGUACUGUAAUAGAUGGUACGGCAGCGCCAGGUAAUAAGACAACCCUCCUCUCCGCUCUCCUUGGCAACGAAGGGAAGGUUCUUGCUUUUGAACAUGUUCCAAAACGCUUCGAGACACUCGAAAAGAUGGUCAAAACUGCUGGAUGUGCUAAUGUGACUUGCAAUUUGGGAGAUUUCACAAAGUGUGAUCCAGCUAGUCAUCCAGAUGUGACCCAUAUUCUUCUCGAUCCUAGUUGCACAGGUUCGGGAAUUGUCAAUAGACUGGAUUAUUUGACAGAACAAGAAAAUGACGAUAAAGAUGCACACGACGAGCGUCUAAAUUCUUUGGCUGCUUUCCAAGAAAUGAUAAUAGGUCAUGCUAUGAAAUUCCCAAACGUGAGGAGAAUUGUUUACUCAACAUGUUCAAUACAUGACGAUGAGAACGAAAUGGUUGUUAUGAACACCCUCACGCAGCAUCCAGAAUUUGAGCUCGCAUCUCGGGAAACGUGUCUCCCGGGCUGGCCUACAAGAGGGCAUCCUGAGCCAUUCAACAACGAUGUCAAGCUUGCUGACAGUGUAAUCAGAUGCAAACCCGGAACAGAUCUUACGAAUGGUUUCUUCGUAGCUUGUUUUGAAAAACGCCAAAAUAUUGACAAUCAGGGUCCAUCUAAAAAGAGAAAGAACAAGAAGAAAAAUGCGAGUUCUAAAGCAGAAAAUUGA